AUGGUUUUAACUAAAACAGAUGCGUCUUUGAGGGUCCAUAUGAGAAAAUUACCUUCGCAAAAACCAAAAGCUUCGGGUGUGACGGACCGCAGCAGCAAAAAGGCAGAGUAUAGCGUUCGGGUCAGCUUGCAGGACACCGGCGAAAUAUUCACAGUGCCUAAAUGUCGGGGUCACACGAAGAUCUGCGAACUGAAGACAGCGUUAGAGUUAAUAGCCGGGAUACCUUCAGACUGUCAGAGACUCAGCUACUUGGACCAAGGUGAUUUGGUAGAUGAAUCUACGUUUAACUUUAAUGGCAUCAUUCCCAGGAGUACCAUCACCAUGACGAUUUGGCCAUACAAUGGUUUGCCAGCCCUGGUGAGAGCCGCUGUUUCUGGUGACAUUUGCAAGUUGAUGAUCAUCCUGGGCAGGUCGGACUCCGCUGGUUCUUCUCAGCCGCUUGGCACCAUCCUGCCGUCGCCCUGGCCCUCUCACAGACUCCUCCCUGCCCUCUUUGUCAGCGCCCAUCGUGGAAAGAAGGCAGUGGUGCAGUUCCUCAUAGCAAAUGGUGCGUGUGUGACAUCCCAGACUCCCCAGGGGCGGAACGCCUUGCACGCGGCUGCAUGCCAGGGCUACACCGAGUGCAUCGACAUUCUGGUGGCCGCUGGUGCCCCGGUGCAUGUGCGGGAUCUCGGCGGCGUAGCACCCAUCGAUGCCGCCCGGCGUGUGGGUCACCAGACAAGUGUGCGGCUGCUGUCCCUGUCCCGCUGGCAGCAGCGGACGGCGGAGGUGCCACCCAGGCGCCACCUGGAUCCCUCAGAGCUGUUUGCCCACCAGCACUUCUGCUCGAACCUGCGGACGUACCUCUGCGGUCCCCAGGCUCAGCGGUACAUGGCUCAGAUGCGGAGCAGGGGCCGAGAGCCCAGGUCCCAGCUGUGCCCAGGUGUCACCCAACAUGGCAAGUGGCACAGGCUGCAUCAAAAGCACGGCCAUCUGUGCGAGGGGCUCCGUGCCACACAAUAACAUAUACAUGUUUAGCAGAUGCUUCUGUCCAAAGUAAUGCACAAAUGAAGUAGAUACACAAACAUAGGUCAUGUCAAGGAGUCAACUAGGCAUAAGUGCAGCUAGGGUGGGCUUCCAAUGAAGGUCAGGAACAAGUGUAAGCAGUGUAGGAGGAAGAGCUACACGGCAUCUUACAAACAAGGCAAGAAACUAAUGGGAUUAUUGAAUGCCCAGAAUUGCAACAUAAUAUUCAAAGAAAGUAAAGAAACAUCAGGCCAGUACUGAAAUUCAUAGAACAGAUGGACCUUGAAGUGUUUCAUGAAGGUGGAGAAAUGGAGAGUCAAUCUGAUGACGGGAUGUGGUUUGGCAGCUCAUUCCACCGCCCACGAAUGAGUGAGUCAAUUUUUUAAACAUUUUUUAAAACUUAAUAUAAGAUGCCGCUUUAAUUUGUGAUUCACUACAGUCCAAGGGUUUUAGAAGGUGCUUUGUCCCCCAUUCCUGACUGAUAUAUUUCAGUAACGUUCUUUCUCUGGUCUUCAGGAAGUUAUUUUGAUCGUGUCAUGUUGUGCUGCUUUUUGAGAGUCCUUAUCCAACUCCACAUUGCUGGAAUGGUUCUGUUUGAUGAUGUGUAGAUUUAAUAAGGCUGGCAGUAUUCGAGUUUGGGUGUGUCUAGUUUAACUUAAUCUAUUUGGAUUUGGUUCAUUGAUUGACUGAGUGACUAGAUAACUUUGUCACAUGGGUGAUAAUGGGUGUUGGUGAUUUUUUUUUUUCCUUCAUUGAAUGAAAUGGUCAUUUAAAAAUUGUGUUGUAUUUGCUCAGGCAGUCCUUUGGAUUAUCGUUAAUUUUUUUGGAGAACCAAACAAUUAAAUGUUAUUGAUAAGAAUUUAUAGAGUAUGUGUCAUAAUCUGGGAACAGUGUCCACACUGAAUCAUAUGACCAUUGUCAGAAAACCUUCACUUUGUUUAGAAACUGUUCUUGGUGUUCAGGAAUGAGGUAUUUAAUAAAAGAUUUGCACAGUUACGUUUUUUUGUGGCUUGAUUU